AUGUUCAUACUCGGCCAUACUCCGAUAAAUGCUUUGCUAUCUUUUCACACAGCAUCCGCCCAGGACCCAAACUGUGGCCAAACGGCGGUGGAUUUGACAACGUUGAGUGCACCGUGGAAGGUGCCGGAAAAAGCGUUGUCCGGCGCUGGCACUUGUGACUACACCCUAACGGGUGCAGAGGGGAAGAAAUACAAACUGGAUUUCACCGCUUUCACCGUGGGAACAAGUGAUCAAUGCACGGAUGAUUAUGUGCAAGUCAGUUUUGAUGGUCAGUUCACCGAACAAACAUACAAGAAAUGUGGCACAAGUGUUCCCGAACAACCACCAGAAUCGACGUCGAACGUGAUCAAAGUGAAAUUGGUAUCCUCGGCAAACCAAGCCGGCACGAACACAUUCACGGCAACCGUAACAGAAGGUGAGGUGGGAACAAGUGAUCAAUGCACGGAUGAUUAUGUGCAAGUCAGUUUUGAUGGUCAGUUCACCGAACAAACAUACAAGAAAUGUGGCACAAGUGUUCCCGAACAACCACCAGAAUCGACGUCGAACGUGAUCAAAGUGAAAUUGGUAUCCUCGGCAAACCAAGCCGGCACGAACACAUUCACGGCAACCGUAAAAGAAGUUCCGGAUCAACCUGCACAGGACCCAAACUGUGGCCAAACGGCGGUGGAUUUGACAACGUUGAGUGCACCGUGGAAGGUGCCGGAAAAAGCGUUGUCCGGCGCUGGCACUUGUGACUACACCCUAACGGGUGCAGAGGGGAAGAAAUACAAACUGGAUUUCACCGCUUUCACCGUGGGAACAAGUGAUCAAUGCACGGAUGAUUAUGUGCAAGUCAGUUUUGAUGGUCAGUUCACCGAACAAACAUACAAGAAAUGUGGUGCAAGUGUUCCCACACAGCCGCCUGUUUCGUUGUCGAACGUGAUCAAGGUUAAAUUGGUAUCCUCGGCAGUCAAUGCUGGCACGAACACAUUCACAGCUACGGUUAAGGAAGGUGAGUGA